AUGCUUCUACGAAUGUACGGAAAAUAUGUGUUAAUAUUGUUUCAAGUCUACUUAUGUCUCGCUUUGUGCAUUACAACAAUCAGUCAUCAUAAAAAUUUACAAAAAGAAAUAAUGUUAUACAAGAUUAUGGAAUUCAUACCUUAUUUGAUAUUUAAUCUCCCAUUGUUACAUGGAAGUCGGCAUCAUCAAUUACAAGAUCACAGUCAACAUCGAAAUCAACAACAAAAAAGUAACUAUCAAGCUGACAAACAAUUUCAAACUACAGAACAACAAAGACUUACAAAAUUCGAACACUUACAGUCAACACCAAAAUCUGAAACAAGACAAGUUUUACUGAACACUAAUUCAAAUACUACUUUUACAAGCCAAUCACACGUUAAGCAUCCUAAAAUUGAAUCUCAUAACGAUGGUUUUCCUAAACUUCACCAUUAUUCUAAUAAUUUAUCUGUUUACUAUUUAUCAAACAAAACAUCCAUGAUGAAGGCAUUAAAUGGAUAUGAAGUACACAGAGAUUGUUGUUUCAAUACAGAUGGCAGACAAGAAAUCCCAUGUAUAUUAAAUCCAUAUCCACUUUAUGAGAUGAUGAAGAAAUUUCCCAAUGCAGAUAUACGAAAAUUAUAUCAUAAUACUCAAAUAAAUUUAUUUCAUCCUUUCAGUCAUAAACAGAAAAUGAGCAAAAUGGUAUUAACUUAUGAAACUGGUGAAAAUGCUUAUCUUCCAUGUCAUACAUUGGGUGCAGAAGACAGUGAAACAAUGAUCUGGGAAAAAGGACAAAAUCCUUUAUUUGUAUCUACUGUCAGUUUUAUGCAAGAUUCUAGAUUUCGUUUAAAUAUUAGCGAUGAUAAUUACUAUAACAAUGAAAUCUAUCAUUUUGAUACUAAAGAAUACAAUGCGAAAUCUACAUUGAAAGGAGAUAAGUUAUCGUAUCAAAGUUAUGUAGAUAAAUAUGAUGUCAGAAAUAAUUGGAAACGUCGCCGAUGGGAUCUGAUUAUUGACUUUGUAACACCAACAGAUUCUGAUAUUUAUACAUGUAUGCUUAUGGGAAGAACAUCACAAAUGAUUAGUUAUCAUGUGAUUGUAAAUGAAUCAACCUCAAGAAUCAAUUACAGUCAGAAAAAAUUAAUUACCAUAUCAUCUCCAUCCAUGAUUACCAUUGGAUCUGCAUUUAAUCUUACCUGUUCAGUAUAUGUUACAAAAGACAGAUCAGCCAACAUAGCAGUAGACUGGUUUCGACCAACUUAUGCAAUUGAAACUUCUUCAUAUCGACCGAUAAUACUAGUUUAUCCUCAAAUACCGAACAAUUUUGUAUCAGUACAGUCAGAUUUAGAUACAUACAAUACAAAGUACAAUAAUACCAAUAAUAUAGUUCGUGAACUCGCUUAUUCAUUUCAACAAAUCACUAGUGGAUCAUCAAAAGGAAUCACUGUUUAUAAACAAGUUACCGGUGAAUUAAAUUAUAAUUAUCGUAGUGAAGUACUUCUUACUGUACAAUCAGCUAAAGAAAAUGAUGGUGGUCUUUAUGAAUGUCGAGUGUAUGAAGCAGCAAAUUAUGGACAAGAACAAAUUAUAGAUAGAGCAUUCCUAGAUAUUAUCAUACGCAAAAGAUAUCCUCACAAUCCAUUUGAACAAAUCGAAUUAAAUGCAAAGCUUAGAAGACUUUUAUCAAUAUUCUGGAACUUAAAUCCUCAAAAUGUUAAUAAUUUACACGAUCACCAUGCACAAAAUGAUGUGGCAUCCAGAGUUCUAACAAGAUACAGAAUGCAUAAUAUAAAACAAGAGAAAGAUAAUUAUGGUCAAUCAAUAGAUCAAAAUCAAUAUUUGUCCAAAGAAAAUCAAAUGAAAUUCAGCUUACUGGAAACACAAAAUCCUCGUAUGAGAGUUAGAACAGUUAAAAAUUUCAAUUCUCACCUUUACAUUUCACAGAUACUUUUAUAUUUUUCAGUAAUUUCGCAAAUAAUCUCGGCGGUAAAAUGAAUUAUUUUUCAAAGAGAAGUUAUAACAAUUUACAAAGCAGUAAGACAAGAAAAGUAAAUCGCACAUGAAAAUACAAACAUUCGUUUUAAAGUUUUCAUCCAAUUCAAUAUGUUUCAGAAGAAAAUGGCAAUUAAAAUAAUGAAGCACAUAAGUGAACAACAAUUCCUACUGUGUGUUUGUAUUCCUAACAUUUAUGUACAUAAAUCAGAACCAACUUUAAAGGAAAAAACAAUUUGUUCUCAUAGAUUUCUUUUCACUCUUCCGUAAGUUAUUUGUUUGAUUUCAACUUUCUUGUCUGUUCAUGGAGUACCUUAAAAUCAUUAUGAAUUUUUUCUUAAAGAACUGUCCAAUUAUUAUACA